AUGUGGUGUGAGAUACUUUCGCAUGUUCUCUUCUCUUUUACUUUCGUUUUUCUCUCGUCUCUUUUUCAACUAACAAAGGGAAUAAUGUCGAAUCAACGUUCAACAGCUCAAGAUGAAGAUUUACUUCUUCAAAACUUCAGUCGAAACGUUACUACGAAAUCGUACGCUUUAUUCUUUGGUAAUGCUGCUGUUGUUUCAGCCAUUCCACUCUGGCUCUUCUGGCGUAUUCACCAAAUGGAUAUUACAUCUUACUUCAUUCAUUUCAUCAUUGGCACUGCUAUAAGCACUUAUUUCCUCAAUUUAGCUUAUCAAAAUAUGAAAUUUAUCUUGAAGCAUAAAAUCGCACAAAAACGGGAAGAAGCUGUCAAUCGUGAAAUAUCGAAAUUGUUUGCUAGUGACAAAUCUGCAAAUAAAAAAGAUAAAGAUGAACGGGUUUUAACACGUAAAAAUGAGGUCGCCGAUUUCGAAGCAACAACCUUUUCAAUCUUUUAUAAUAAUUCUUUCUAUCUUGUCUGUCUCAUUGUUUUAUCAUUUUUCGUCUUCAAAAACUUUUCUCCAACUGUUAACUAUCUAUUUUCCGUUGGUCUCUCCACCGCCAUUGUUUUUCUUUUUUCAACUGGAGAGAAAUAA